UCUCUUGUCAGCGGGUGGAUUUGAUCGGCAUCCAGAGUCCAUGCUGUGACAGAGAGUAUUUAACAUCGACUUCUGUACAAGUGUGUGUGUGUGAACCUCUUCAGAGCUCUGAGCUGCUGCUGCUGGACAACAAUGAAGUGUGUGUUUGUGUGUGUUGUGGUGUUGGCGAUGCUAGGAGUGAGAGUUCAGGCCUUCAGCUUUAAUGAUCUGACUGACUAUGUGGAUAAACAUCAGGAGGAGUAUGUAGAGGCUCUGAGAGACUGGGUGUCUAUAGAGAGUGACUCCAGUGAUAUCACUAAGAGGGCGGAGCUACAACGUAUGAUGGGUGUGGUGGAGGAGAAGCUGCGUGGGAUGAAGGGAAACGUUAGUAUGAUGGACAUCGGCACUGAGACGUUGGAGGAUGGCAGGGUUGUUGCGUUACCGAGUGUGGUGACGGCGGUGUUUGGUGAUGAUGAGAAUAAACACACAGUGUGUGUGUAUGGACACGUGGACGUACAGCCAGCCAGGAGAGAAGACGGCUGGACCACAGACCCCUACAACCUCACAGAGAUUAACGGAAACUUAUAUGGCAGAGGAGCAUCUGAUAAUAAAGCUCCGGUCCUCGCCUGGAUUCAUGCAGUGGAGGCAUAUACAGCUCUGAACAUGGAGCUGCCGGUGAAUGUGAAGUUCCUGAUAGAGGGGAUGGAGGAGACAGGUUCUAAUGGUCUGGAUGUUUUGGUGGAGUCUCAGAGAGAUGCUUUUUUCUUUGAUGUGGAUUAUAUUGUGAUCUCAGACUGCGGCUGGCAGAGCACUCGCCCUGCUCUCACCUAUGGCACCCGUGGGAACUGCUACUUCUAUGCUCAGGUGGAGGGCCCGAAACAGGAUCUACACUCCGGAGUGGACGGAGGCGCUGUGAUCGAGCCCAUGAGCGACCUGAUUGGAAUUCUAAACUCACUGAUUAGUGCGAGCGGUCAGAUCCUGAUCCCUGGAGUUGCAGAUGCAGUUGCAGACUUCACUGAGGAGGAGAAGAAGAUCUAUGAGAAGGUAGAUUUUGACAUGGAGACAUACAGGAGCUCAAUCGGUGUGGAGCGCCUCAUGUAUGACAACAAGGUGGACCUUCUGGCUCAUAUGUGGCGUUUUCCCACCAUAUCCAUCCAUGGGAUUGAGGGAGCUUUCUGUGGCUUUGGAACUAAAACCGUGAUCCCCGCUAAAGUCACCGCCAAAUUCUCCAUCCGUCAGGUUCCCAACAUGAAUCCUGCAGUUGUGGAGAAACAGGUAACGGAUCACCUGCACGGCGUGUUCCAGCAGAGAAAGAGUCCGAAUAAACUCAAGGUGAAGAUGAUCAUCGGUGUGAAGCCGUGGUUAACAGACACCAAAAAUGCGCUGUACGAGGCUGGAAAAAGAGCAGUGAAGAAAGUGUUCAGUGUGGAGCCGGAACUGAUCCGAGAGGGAGGGACAAUCCCCAUCGCUCGCACGUUUCAGGACAUGACUGGGAAAGACAUCAUCAUGUUGCCCAUCGGAGGCUUCGACGACGGCCUGCACUCACAGAAUGAGAAGAUCAGCAGGUAUAACUACAUGGAGGGCACGAAGCUCUUCAUCUCCUUCCUGCAUGAGGUUUCUCACAUCAAGAACAACUGAUGAUGGCUGAUCACAUGGUGCUGGGACCAGUUUCUCAAACAUAUGCUCUGAUGCUCUCUCUCUCUCUCUCUCUCUCUCUCUCUCUCUCUCUCUUUUCUCUCUGUCUACCUCUCUCU